GAGAUCUGCAGACCAAUAUUAGGACACUUUCAAAGGCAGAUGUAAGAGGACUUUUGCCCUGCUUCUGACAGAAGAUGUGUGGUGUUUCUUCAUAACCUAAAAAGAUGAUGUUUAGUGCAGAUCCUUUUACGAAGACGUGUUAAGACAUACAUGGCAAUCUUAGCAAAGAUGUUUCAGUCAGUUUGUGCUAUUUUCUUCAAAUUUUGCAUGUUUUAUAUCUCAAUGCUGGGCAGCCAAAAAUUCCAUUCUUUACAUUAAGGAGAGGCUGGCAUCCUGAAAGGCAAGUUUGUUGCUCCUGCAGAGAAUCAGAGUCUUGAAAAAUCAACAUUGCUUUGUGUUGCCCAACUUCUCCAAGUUUUAGACUCAGAGGCAUUUGAAGAAAUAUGUAACUUCUGAAGUGUCUGUUAUGAGUAUUCAAGGAAUGUGUAGAGAAGUUAUGAAUUAAUUGAUAUCACAGAACUAUAAUGUAGCAAUCCUGAGGGAAUGAUUGCAAAUUACAUUCUCAGAAAGCAGUGAGGACAGGCUGAUCUGCAGGGGAAGGCAAAUGGGAACAGGUGGUUAUGGCUUGCAGCACCUGACCUUGGAGGGCAGAGCAGAUCAGGUGACAGCAACCUGGAUGAGCCAUGGGCCAGUGAUCAGGGAAGAGGAUGCAGAGCCUGUUGGUGUUCCUGGGGCGCUUCCUCAUAUGUUUUGAAGUACAUAUAUAUGAUUUCCUGGGCUGGCCAUGCAGAAUUUUUCAAGACUUUGAAAGAAAGGGUUUGAAAAAGCUUUUCAUACCAAACUUGGUUCAGCUGCAUAGAGAACUAGAUUUGUCAGCGAGCAGAUGUUUUCCUGCCCUAACAUAUUUGUAAACAAUACAUGAUUAUGGGGAAAAGUUGUCUUAUUUAUGUGCCUGCUGUUUAGAUGAGGAAGGAAAUUUUCAUGUGUCACCAUAAAUGGCUUAAGACCUCUAGGAAAAUAACAAGUGGUCACCCUCAAAGGUCUGUACUAAGACUGGUGCUGUUUAGUACCUUCAUCAAUGAUACUGACAGCGAGACUGAGUGCACCCUCAGCAAGUCUGCAGAUGACACCAAGCUGAGUGGUGCAGUUGCCACACUGGGAGGAUGGGAUGUCAUCCAGAGGGACCUGCACAGGCUGGAGAAGUGGGCCUGCGAGAACCUCAUGAGGUUCAACAAGGCCAAGUGCAAGGUCCUGCACCUGGGUCAGGGCAAUCCCCAAUUUCAGUACAUGAUGAGGGAUGAUGUGAUUGAGAGCAGCCCUUCAGAGAAGGACAUGGGGGUGCUGGUUGAUGAGAACCUUGACAUGUGCCGGCAACAUGCGCUCGCAGCCCAGAAGGCCAAUCGUACCCUCGGCUGCAUUGAAAACAGCGUGGCCAGCAGGGCGAGGGAGGUGAUUCUGCCCCUCUAUUCCUCUCUUGUGAGACCUCAUCUGGAGUACUGUGUCCAGUUCUGGAAUCCUAGACAUAAGAAGGAUAUGGAACUGUUGAUCAGAGGGCUGGAGGCCCUCCCAUACGAGGACAGACUGAGAGAUUUGGGGUUGUUCAGCCUGGAGAAGAGAAGGCUCAGAGGAGAUCUUAUAGUGACCUUCCAGUACCUGAAAGGGGCCUACAGGAGAGCUGGGGAGGGACUGUUUACAAAGGCUUGUAGUGAUAGGGCUAAGGGCAAUGGCUUUAAACUGGACAGGGGCAGAUUUCGGCUUGACAUGAGGAAGAAUUUCUUCACCAUAAGAGAGAUGAGGCACUGGAACAGGUUGCCCAGAGAAGCUGUGGAUGCCUCAUCCCUGGAGAUGUUCAACGCCAGGUUGGAUGGGGCCUCGGGCAGUCUGAUCUGGUGGGAUGUUCCUGCCUAUGGCAUGGGGGUUCAAACUAGACGCUCUUUAAGGUCCCUUCCAACCCAAACUAUUCUAUGAAAUACGUUAAAGAAAAAAGAAAAUAAAAACCAUUGAUUUAUACCUUGAAUAAACAAACAUAGAAUAAACAAAUGAAGUUCUAGAACUUUCUAGCUGCAAUUCGACUGUGUGCAUCUGAAAACCCAUUAGUAAAGUUACCACCUGAAGUAUGUUUCCAGUUGCUAAACAUCUUGGGCAUUAUCUGAAUCUCUUACCCAUAAAGCAUUUAGACUUUAUAAUUAGAUUUUAGAAAGACGUGGAUUGAUUAGCUCUUAUCUUCAUUUAGGAAAUCAUACCCCCUUCUGGAUUUUAGUGUUUGUUACCGCUAAUGUCUAUGGUUUAGAACCCUAUAAUGUGUUUAAUGCCGAUCUAUCUAUACAAUAUCUGCAACAGAAGAAAACACUAUUAAGUUUUAAAUGAGCGGAAUUCCAAUAGGUUUUCUCAGCUUUAUGGAUGUUUCAGAUGCUAAUGCUAAAAGGUUAUAAUAUUUCAUGCCUCUAUUUCACACUGAAUAGAUUGCAUUUCUAUAAUCCUUUUUUCCUCUGUUUGCCAGCUGCCAAUAAUCCAGCCAGAUCUGAUUCUAAACUUGAGCUGCAUGGCUGCAUUGGUUUCCCUGCAUUGCAUGAAUACUGUGUUUCUGUAAGGCUAAUGAACAGACUUGGGGUGCGAGUGCAAGGUUCAGGUUGAGCUCUGAGUUUUAUGUUCUAAACAAAAGAUUUUUUUUUUAAAAAUGAAGAGACAAAGAAAUAAAA